AUGGUCUCUAUCGGUACUCGCUCGCCCGUUUACAGUCGUCAUGGAAUGGUGGCCUGUUCCCAACCUCUAGCGUCUGAAAUUGGGCUACGUACUUUGAAACGCAAUGGCAAUGCAGUCGACGCUGCUAUUGCCAUCGCGGCUGCUCUGAACGUCACGGAACCGUGUUCAACUGGCAUUGGAGGUGACUGUUUCUUGCUUUUCUUUGACGGCAGGACCAAAGAGAUUCGUGGGCUCAAUGGCAGUGGUCGCAGUCCUGCCGCUCUUACAGCAGAGAAGGCCAUUCAGGAGUUCGGACAGCAUACCAAAGUCAUUCCUAGUGGUCACGGUCAUGCUGUGACGGUCCCCGGGACAGUUGCAGGCUGGGUGGAUGCUGUCGAAUCUUGGGGGACAAUGAGUCUACGAGAAAUCCUGGCCCCUGCCAUCGAAUUAGCACGUGGAGGGUUCCCUGUGAGUCCGUUGACUGCGACAAGCUGGAAACGGAGCAAAUGGCGAUUGCUGCGUGGACCUUAUGCACCUGAAUUGCUGAAUGCUCGAGAAGACGCGCCGAAAGCUGGCGAAGUGUUCGUGAAUGAACAUCUUGCCAAGUGUUUGACGGAAGUGGCGGAGAAGGGGAAGGAGGCGUUUUACAAGGAGGGACGGAUCGCUCAAGCGAUCGUGGAUAUCGUGAGGGCGAAAGGAGGCGUCCUGACGCUGGCUGAUCUCGAGAACCACAAGUCCACGUUCGUGACGCCAAUCUCCACUCGAUUCCAAGGUGUUCAGGUGCACGAGAUCCCGCCGAAUGGGCAGGGAAUCACGGCUCUGCUCGCGCUCAACAUUCUUUCGCAAUUGAUAGACGAUGGCGGGCUGCCGCCUCCGGGUAGUGCACAGGAGCUGCAUUUACAGAUUGAAGCUCUUCGACUUGCCUUUGCAGAUGCCAAGUGGUACGUGAGCGACGUAGAGCACAAUGCGUCGGUGCCUGUAAAGGAGUUACUGAGUCAAGGCUAUGCCGAAAAGCGUGCAGCUCUGAUCGAUCGCACCAAAGCUGCGAUUAAUCCGACGGUCGGGAGCCCGACACUCACUUGUGAUACUGUUAGUUUCCAGGUGAUUGACGGACAAGGCAAUGCCGUGUCCAUGGUGAAUAGUAACUACGAAGACUUCGGCACGGGCCUUGUGCCAAACCACUGCGGCUUUACACUACAAAACCGAGGAUGCAACUUUGAGCUGCACGGAGGAACAGCAGGGCACCCGAAUGCACUUGCCCCGAACAAGCGACCGUAUCAUACAAUUAUUCCCGGACUGACCACUUUCGGAGAUACCGGUGAGCUACACUCGAGUUUCUCAGUCAUAGGGGGCUUUAUGCAACCUCAAGGCCAUGUCCAGGUGCUAAGUCGCAUGCUUCUACAUGGCAUGAACCCGCAAGAAGCGUUAGAUGCUCCACGAUUUUGUAUCGACUUUGCCCACCAAGAUGGUGGUAGUACCGUGCUGGUUGAAAGUGAUUUCGGAUCGAGUACAAUUGCAGCACUUAGUGACGUCUUUGGGCACACUGUGGUGACACUUAAGGGUCUUGAGCGGAUGGUAUUCGGCCGUGGACAAAUUAUUGUUCGUGAUCCAACGACCGGAGUGCUCUGUGCUGGGUCGGAUGGACGGGCUGAUGGAUGUGCAAUGGGAUGGUAA